UGUGUGAACACUUGUGGCGUUUAAGCCCCUGAGGUUGUUUUCUUGCCACAGGUUCCUGAAGAUAUGAAAAGAGAAUUAAGUAUUUUUCUUUCUGUUAACAUCAGGAAUGUAUUGGAAGUCCUGGGAAGGCUCGGUGCUGCAAGCAGCCCGAUAGUGGGAGAAGGGAGAUGCUUGCAAGAUUUGUAGCUGGUUUCUUCUCUUUACCUGGUUUGGGGGGAUUUCUUGCAUGAUUUGGAAACUGAUGGGAGUCCGACGGCUGUUUCAAAGACAGUGCAUCAAACUCCAGGCAGCCUUGACUUUGCUUGAAGAGUGUCUCGAUUUAGGAUGUCUGUAUGUAUUUAAGCUUUAUUUUAUGUGUUGUCUGUUUUGAAGUUUUGUUGGGUUACAUUUUCAAUUUUUUCCUGUAUGAUCAUGGAAACCCAACGGGGAUCAGAGCAUCCCCCGUGGGAUUGUCCUCUGUGGCCCUGCCAGGUCUUUUGUUUCUUCUGGUGGUGGCUGGAUGUUGGUGAUAGGAGCAACCUGGGUCUGCACGGGAGCACGGGGGGCUCAGAGGUCCCUCGGUCAACAGGAUGCCCUUUGCUUUUUAUUUUCCUGACUUUUAGGGGCUUUCGUGACAUUUGCAUCAAAUUAUCGUGAGCCGUUAGCGUACAUUUGCGUCAGCCUUGGGCUGAGAGAGGGCAGGCAGCUUCUGACCCCGGGGACCACGUUACCCCUUCCGGAGCACAGGACUGCAUUUGAAUGCAGUGAAUUUGUGCUAGUCGGCACUUUGCGUUGUGGCAUCCUUGCUGUUGUCCAGAGCCCCGUGUCGCUGCCCAGCAGGAUGCCGGGUGCCCAGUAAGGCUUGAGAGCAGGGAAAAUGGGAAGGUGGAGCCUGGACAGGCGAGGCAUCCUCGUGGUUUGGGCAGUUUGCAGCAGGCAGAGAGCCCUCCCUACCUGAGGGAGGCACAAGAAGAAAGCGGAAGAUGUGGUCUGCUCUCCCAGUGUGUGUUAGCCAGCUCUGGGGAGGAAAGGAAGCGCUGGGGUAGCAGCUGUGGAUCCGAGCUCCCAACGUCUGUCUGUCCCGAGGAUGCUCUGGGCUGCUUGGCAUCCUCUGAAAACAUCUGGAUCUGCAGCUGUUCUGAUGCCCACCCCGGGCUGGAGGUGCAGGACAUGAACAACCUGGAGGAAGGGGUGGAGUUCCUCCCUGCCAUGAACUCCAAGAAGAUGGAGAAGCGCGGCCCAAAGCGGUGGGUGGUUGUCACUGUCGUGAUCGUGGUUUUCCUGCUCAUCUCCCUUGUCACCGGCCUCCUGGUUUGGCACUUCAAAUACAGGAACGCGGCUGUCCAGAAGGUUUUCAAUGGCCACUUGCGGGUUCUGAACUGGGAUUUCCUUGAUGCUUAUGAGAACUCCAGCUCCCCGGAGUUCAUCAUGUUGGCCAAGAAGGUGAAGAACACGGUGGAGGACAUCUACAGGAAUCAUGCAGAUAUCGGCCCUUACCACAAAGAGACAGUGAUAACUGCGUUCAGUGAAGGCAGCGUCAUUGCCUACUACUGGUCCGAGUUCCUUGUCCCCAAGUACCGGGAGCAGAGUCUGGACAGGGCGAUGGCGGACAAGCAGAGCCUGGUCCAGAGGUUGAACCCCCGCCUGCGAAACCCCAUGCUGAAAGUGGAGUCAGUCAUCGCUUUCCCUGCCGACCCCAGCAUAGCUUACUCUGCUCGGGACAAUAGCUGCGUGUUUGCCCUCCACGCCAAGGAAGGAGAGAUCACCAGUUUCACCACGCCGGGCUUUCCCAACAGCCCGUACCCCAACAACGCACUCUGCUACUGGACGCUGAGGGCGGACGCCAACUCCAUCAUCAGCCUGACCUUCAAGACGCUGGAACUGGAGCAGUGCACGGAUAACGGUGACUACAUCAAGGUGUACAACUCUCUGAGCCCCGUGGAGCCCCACGCUUUGGUCAGGCUCUGUGGGAAUUACGCCCCUUCCUACAACCUGACCUUCCUGUCCUCGCAGAACGUCAUGCUCGUCACGUUGGUUACCAACAAGGAGGGUAGAUUCCCUGGCUUUAAGGCUGAGUUCUUCCAGCUCCCGAAGACAAAAGUCUGCGGUGGGACUCUGAAAGGAGAGAGUGGCACCUUCACGACUCCCUAUUACCCGGCACACUACCCCCCGGCCAUGGACUGUGUCUGGAAGAUAGAAGUUCCCUCUAAAAAGAACGUGAAGGUGCGUUUCAACAUGUUCUUCGUGCUGGAGCCCGGGAUCCCGGUCAGCUCCUGCACCAAGGACUAUGUGCAGAUCAACAGCACGAGGUACUGUGGGGAGCAUUCCCAGUUUGUGGUCGCCAGUACCACCAACAAAAUAGAGGUCCAGUUCCACUCAGACCGGUCCUACACAGACACUGGCUUCUCUGCUGAGUAUCUGUCCUACGACUCCAGCGAUCCCUGCCCUGGCAAGUUUACCUGCAACACUGGCCGCUGCAUUGACAGGAGCAUGCACUGCGACGGGUGGCAGGACUGCGUAGACGGCAGCGACGAGAGAUCCUGCACCUGUACUGAGCAGCAGUUCAAGUGCCAGAACGGCUGGUGCAAGCCCAAGUUCUGGGUCUGUGACAACGUGAACGACUGCGGCGACAACAGCGACGAGCUGCAGUGCAGCUGCGCAGCUGACAGCUUCAAGUGCAACAGCGGGAAGUGCAUCCCCAACGAACAGAAGUGUGACGGCAAGGAUGACUGCGGAGACGGGAGCGAUGAGGGCAGCUGCGCGGUCCGCACCACAGUCCCCUGCAAGGAAUACACGUACAAAUGCCGCAGCGGGGCCUGCAUCAGCAAGCAGAACCCGGAGUGCGAUGGGGAGCAGGACUGCGAAGACAAUUCUGAUGAGGACAACUGCAACUGUGGGAUCCGCUCCUACACGAGGAAGUCGCGGAUCGUCGGUGGGCAGAACUCGGAGGUGGGAGAAUGGCCGUGGCAGGUCAGCCUCCAUGUCAACAGCCAAGGCCACGUCUGCGGGGCCUCGCUGAUCUCGGACAGCUGGCUGGUGUCGGCGGCGCACUGCUUCCUGCAGCAGCAGGGCAUCAGGUACUCGAACCCCAGCCUGUGGACAGCUUACCUGGGCCUGACCGACCAAAGCAACCGCAGCGGCACCAACGUGCAAACACGGAAAAUCAAGCGCAUCAUCUCCCACCCCUCCUUCAACGACUACACCUUCGACUACGACAUUGCCGUGAUGGAGCUGGAGAGCCCUGUCACCUUCUCCUCUGUUGUCCAGCCCAUCUGCCUGCCCGAUGCCACCCACAACUUCCCUGUGGGCAAGGACCUGUGGGUGACCGGAUGGGGAGCGACUGUGGAAGGAGGCAACGGAGCCUCCAUCUUGCAGAAAGCAGAAAUCCGGCUCAUCAACCAGACGGUGUGCAACCAGCUGCUGACGGGCCAGCUGACGUUGCGCAUGAUGUGCGUGGGGAUCCUGACGGGCGGAGUGGACGCCUGCCAGGGAGACUCUGGAGGGCCGCUGGUCAGUGUGGAGCCCAGCAAUCGGAUGUUCCUGGCUGGGGUGGUGAGCUGGGGCGAUGGCUGCGCACAGAGGAACAAGCCUGGAGUCUACAGCCGGGUCACCAGCCUGCGACAGUGGAUCACAAAUCAGACAGGCCUUUAGGGACACAGACACCUCUUGUACACUACUGGCUGGAGCCUGACCUGGGGACACUUGGUUUUGUCACCUCCUCCAGCAGCACACGGCCUCUACUGUGAACUCAAACCCUCCCUCUACCUCGAACUCCAUGUGUGUGCCGAACACCCAACAGGGGUUGGUUUAGCCCUUAGUAAUCCCACAUCUCAACUCCAAACAUUGAUUUCUGAGUGCAAGAGAUUUCCCCUGCUGGGUAAGCUAGCACAGCUCCCACCAACAACUUGAAUGAUCAGUCAUUCAAGAUGGAUAUAUCCAAGUUAAACUUAAUCAAUGAAUAAUAAAAAAAAAAUUAAAAAAAGACAAACACAUGGUGUGUUUAGAGGCAAACAUUAUUGGGACAGGUUCAAAAACACGCUUUCAUGAUAGAAUAUAUUCUAUCUAUCUCCUUCGUUUGUUUUCAAACUGCCAUCCACACCCCUUUCUCUGGUCUUCAGUCAUGGGGGGGAAGGGAGUUCUUACCAUGGUUUGGGGGAUCCCCCUUGGGAAUUCCACCCCCCCACCACCCCCAGUGGGGGUCCUGCUCCACAGUCCCCUCCUUCCACCCCAUGGGGCUGCAGGCCUGCAAGAGAGGAGUUGGGCAUUACCACACUCUGCCUUCACACUACACUGCAGUCCAGCUGACACGUCCUCUUCUGAGCCCCAGCUGCUUGGAGUUGUGCUGCACUCAACACCUUCCUCUUCCUCACCACAAGGAGCAGAAGGGGCUUGUGAAAUGCCUUCUUGGAGCUUCUCCCCUGCAAGGACACCACAGGUUAACUGUGCUAGACACCAGCCUCAGACCUUUCUUUUGUAAAGAAAAAACGCAACAGUGACUUGUGAAUGUGCCCCUUUGAUUCCUUUUUUCCUGGGUAUCCUAUUCCUUGCCCUGAGAAGGGCACACUCCAUGGGAGUUCAGUCAGCCCCUCCUUGCCUGUAAAUACAUUGUGUUUUGUAAAACUCUAUGAAGUGGAGACGCUGUAAUAAACUGGGAUAUUUUCUAA